GUUUAUAUAAACUCGAAUAUUUUAACGUACUUAUGUAACACCCUGUAUAUUCAGAUGAACCAUACUCCAUUAUUUGCUCAUCAGAUUUGAUGCUAAUUGAAUUAGGGAUAUUUUUCAUGAAAAGCAAAAUGGGGCGUUCUUUACCAGUCAGCCUAUUUUUUAUCUGUCUCAGUGUCGAAACCACAAAAACCAUCGAAUCUGGUCCACCCUGUACCCGCACACAUCCGCGCCCUGCCUUGCGCAAGAGGUGCGUCCGCGAUCGAUUAUUCAAUUUCAAGGUAGACAAAUAUAUCGAAUGAAAUAUACGAUGAUGGACGUGGCUUAUUGCCGCCACCCGGGCUUGCAGUCGAUCGCCUUUGGAUAUCUUCCGAGUGAAUAAUUUUAUACGAGCGACGAAUUCAACAAUCGAUCGUUUCCGCGCUUCCGGUCUUAUCAGAAAGUUUCAGCUGUUCGGACAUUAUUUCGUUUCUGGGUAUCUGUGAUAAUACGGUCGAACAAAAUGUGUCAGAGUGAGAAAGAUUACAAACAACGAUUGAUCGCUGCAGUUAAGAAAGAAGUGAAGCAGGUAAUGGAAGAAUCAGUCACCAGAAAAUUCAUCCAUGAAGAAAGUGGUUCUGUGACAUCUUUAUGUGGAGCAGUCGAGGCUUGUUUAUCACAAGGCCUCCGAAGACGAGCAUUGGGCCUUUUCAAGACAUCAUCUACAACUGCGUUGCUGCACAAAAUUGCCAAACACUGCCCUGAGGCGGAAAUAAUAUCCAAUAAAGUGCAAGAAUUGGAAAAUGUCGAUCCUAAUAGAAGAUCUUCCAGCAGCAGCGACAGUGUAACAAAACCAGUGUUAAAGAAAAAUGCUUCGUUGCCAAGUAACCCAUUUCCAAAAUAUUUAUGGAUAAGACUUGCCUUAUUCAUGAAGCAGCUUCCUAGGAUAAUCGACUACAUAGUGUCAAAUGCACAUAAGUAUUACGACAAAGAUGCCCUGGUUGCUGAUUCUGAUUAUGGAACCAUUUUGAGCUCACUUUUGGUGGGACCUUGCGCCUUGGAUUACUCCAGUAUGAAAAGUCACGACCAUUUCUGGACAGAUCCACCAGCUGAUGAAUUGGUACAAAGACACAGAAUGUCUACUGGUCAUUCCACACCUCCUUCAGUUCGUAGACCGAUUCUGAAUUUUCGAAGGUCGCUCAAUACCAGCUCCGAGGAUACGUUGACGUGUAGGGUGUCUACCCAAUACCUAGCCAAAGAUAAUGUGGAGAGUUUACACCAGAAUUCCAGGGCGACGUUGUUGUUUGGAAAAAAUAAUGUGCUCGUUCUUCCAGUGAAUUCUAAUUUGUCUGAGCCAAUACCUGGGUAUUUAAGCUUACAUCAGACGGCAAAUGCAUUAGCAAUAAAAUGGACUCCUAAUGAGUUGAUGAAUUGUUUCGGAGAGGAAUCGCAUGAUAAAAGUAUAUAUUGGGAUUAUGCUCUUCAAGUUCGUCUAGACGAAAUAGUUUAUGUGCAUUGCCAUCAAGAUAGUGAAACAGGAGGAACUGUCAUACUAGUAGGUCAAGAUGGCGUUCAGAGGCCUCCAAUACACUUCCCCAAAGGUGGUCACAUGCUCGCCUUCCUGAGUUGCAUAGAAACGGGACUUUUACCUAGAGGAAGGUUGGAUCCUCCUUUGUGGUCUCAAAGAACUGGUAAAAAUUAUUCUAAACGAAGAAGGCCACUUCCAGUUCUAAGUGAAACAGAAGAAACAUCGAAAGACUAUGUUUUCCGCAUAAUAGACAACAGUAAUCAUAAGGACAUAUUGAAAGGAAAGGAACUCAUGGACACCAUCGCCUCCUUUUCACCAAAAGUAAGAGUACAACACUAUAGCACUAGCACAAGUUCGGAUAGUUCCUCCAAAAGUUUCAGCAUAGACCAGAAUGUUCCUGAUAGUCCACCUAGUGUUUACAUUCAAGCUGUUUGUGAUUCCAUGAAACGCCAAAUUAUAUCUAGGUUAGAGCUCCCAACACAUUCGAACCUUUGUGAAUCCUCGUUUCAUUUUCUCUACUUUUUAAGGGCAUUUUAUGGAUGGCUAGCAUAUUGCCGACAUCUUUCAACUGUGCGAACCCAUUUGAGUGGGGUGGUUAACGCCAAAAUAGUGAAUGGAGAUGAUGCUACUCAAGGGAUAACUUUGGAAAAAUGGGCUGAACUUUGUAUAGAUGGUGUAGUAUCUGACUAUUCAGAAGUAUACAGACUGACGUACUUUGGAGGGAUUGUUCAGGAACUCAGGCGAGAAAUAUGGCCCUAUCUUUUGGGCCAUUACAAAUUUGGCAGUACUUCAGAACACAGGCACGAACUCAGCGAAGAAACAAAACAAGCAUACGAAAAUACAAUGUCAGAAUGGUUGGCUGUAGAAGCGAUAGUCAGGCAAAAGGACAAAGAAAAUCAAGCCCAUGCUAUUGCUAAGCUCAGUAGUGAAAGUAUGUCGGGAGAUCAAAUGCCACAAGAAAUCCAAGAAGAAUUGAGUAAUGAGGUAUUUGAGGAUAAUAUUGAUCUAAUAAGUGAUGAGGAAGAUGAAUCAUUAGAAGAACAAACUAAAAAAAAAUCAAAACGAACAAAACAGAACACUAUCAGAUAUUCAAGUGAUGAGGAUGAUGACGCUUGUAAAAAACAAACUGAAAAUGUACAAAAUGAAGAAGCCUUUAGUAGUACAUGUAGUAGGAAAAAUAGUAUAACAAAUAGUUCUAAUGUAGAAAAUGCACAAAUCGAAAGCCAGUUGGAAGAAUUAAGUCAAUUCGAUUAUAGGAAAAGUCAGGAUGAUGAAGAUUCCAAAUCGGAAGAAUGUUCCCAGCUUCAUAAUAAAGAGGAAUUGAGAGACUUCAUUCAUAAUGUGAUAGUUAUUGAUGCCAGUGUUGACAUAUGUAGUAUAGGUAAUGAAACUGAUACUGCUAGAAUGACCAAUUUGGAUGCAGUCACAGAAGAGAAUAAUUCAUCAUUAGAUACUUGCAUAGAAACCCAUGGGUUAGCAUCACCAGCUAGGUCUACUUGCGUUUCACCGGCUAGUUCAAACGGAGGAGUAUACAGUCAAGAAUUACUAGAAACAUUUGGAUUGAACCUACAUAGGAUAGAAAAGGAUGUGCAGAGAUGUGAUAGAAAUUACUGUUACUUUAUGGAGAAAGAAAAUUUGGAUAAAUUGAGGAAUAUUAUGUGCACGUAUGUCUGGGAGCACUUGGAUAUUGGUUAUAUGCAAGGAAUGUGCGAUCUGGUGGCUCCUCUACUAGUGAUUUUCAAUGACGAAUCACUCACAUACGCAUGUUUCUGUCACUUGAUGGAAAGAAUGGUUGAAAACUUUCCCAAUGGGAACGCGAUGGACUGCCAUUUCGCCAACAUGCGAUCCCUCAUUCAAAUUUUGGAUUCGGAAAUGUAUGAGUUGAUGCAUGAUCAUCGAGACUACACACACUUCUACUUCUGCUACAGGUGGUUCCUGUUGGACUUCAAGAGGGAACUGGUGUAUCCAGAUGUUUUUGCUACAUGGGAAAUCAUAUGGGCUGCACAACAAGUUGCGUCCAGUCAUUUCGUACUGUUUUUGGCCUUGGCACUAUUGGAAAGUUACAGGGAUAUAAUUUUAACAAAUGGCAUGGAUUUUACUGAUAUCAUCAAAUUUUUCAAUGAAAUGGCAGAGAGACACAAUGCACAAUCAGUGCUCAAACUAGCUAGAGACCUGGUACUUCAGCUGCAAGUAUUGAUAGAGAAUAAAUGAAUUUCUUCCUAUACUAAGGUGAUUAUAUGUCCAAGAUAAGAUGUCUAUUCCAGAGGUGUACAUAAAUGGAUAAAGCCUUGCUCCGAGGCUCCAAUAUUCACUCCAAACUAUCAAUGUACAAGACACUUAUUUACCUACACAUUUCAGUAUUUAUCUGAAUGUUCAUUUUACUGGUGUCCCAUUAAAUUAGGAUAUUUUUUUGUACUAGAUUAUCGAACGGAAAAGUUCUCUCUAAUAUUAUUCUUGAAUUAAAAACUGUUCACUGUUACGCAUAUCGUGGGCAGUGGUUACAUAUAGGGCCAUGAAAGUAGGACACAAUAUUUGCAUUUUUUGAAGAAAGUAUUCUUGAUAUUUCAGUAUCUGAAUCCCCAUUUGUAAUCAGACUAAAUAAUGGUUUCUUGUUUUAAAUUAUCGUCGUUGUCAAGUAAUAUCAGUUCAAAGGAAUUCAUUUGGGAUUUUCUCUCCAUGUUUCUUCGAAAUAAAAAUAUGAGAAUUAUUUUAAUAUACAUGUAGUAAGGACAAAUCAUAUGAUUUGCCCCAAAACGCGUUUUCA